GUUAAAGUGAAAUAUUUACCAGGUUUCCUAUAAAUAGAAUUCUAUAUUUAAAAAAUUUAACUAGGAAAGUGAGGUAUUGAAUGUUCAUUUUUAGAAAUAAAUUAUGGACAAUUCAAUAUUAAGCAAAUUUUUUGGGAGCAAAGGUGCAUCUGCAGAUAUUCCCGAUGUAAAGUUUGAUGCUGGCAGCUUACCUACACCACCAACUCCACCUGAUAAAAAUGACAAUUCAGGACUCAAACCUGGAGAUAAAUGGUCAAGUUUUGAUCCGACUGGCCUGGAGAGAGCAGCAAAAGCAGCCAGAGAGCUGGAUGCAUCUUCUCAUGCCAAAGAUGCGUUGGAACUCUCGAAACAUCAAGAACACACAAAACAAAUUGAAUUUCAAGCAAAAGUCAAGGAAUAUGAAACACAUGUUGAACAAUUGAAAAUUGAACAAAUCAGACAACAAUCUGAGGAAAAAAGAACUAACUUACAGCAAGAUGCAAAAUUAAAGAAAGAGCAAGCUGAAUACCAAGAUCUUUUAUCGCGAAGAAGAUACGACGAUCAGUUAAAGCAACAAGCUGCUAGAAAUGAAGAAGAUCUCAGAAGACAAGAACAAUCGGUUGAAAAGCAGGAAGCCAUGAGACGAGCCACACUGGAACACGAAAUGAAAUUACGAAGGGAUAAUGAAAUUGCGAGAGCGGAAGCGGAGGCACUUGCUAGAGCCAAAGCUGAUCGAGAAAAUCAAGAUUUGAGAUUCGAAGAAAUCCGUCUGAAAGCUGCAGAACAUAGGACAACAGUACUGGAGUCGAUUAAAACGGCUGGAAGCGUGAUGGGUGACGGCGCUAAAGCAUUUUUAAACGACUGGGAUAAAAUCACCACAGCGGCGUUUGGCAUAACGUUGGCUGCGGUUGGCUUGUACACCGCUAAAAACGGCAUCGGUGUCGCGGCUCGUUAUAUAGAGGCAAGAUUGGGAAAACCGUCACUCGUAAGAGAAACAAGCAGAUUGACUUUCCUAGAAGGGCUCAGACAUCCAAUCAAAACAUCACGUCGAUUUUUCAGCAAGCCCGAAGAUUCUUUACGUGGCGUCGUUCUCAAGCCAACUCUAGAAGAGAACAUACGUGAUAUCGCGAUUUCAACCCGAAAUACUAAAACGAAUAGAGGCGUUUAUAGAAAUAUUUUGUUACAUGGACCACCCGGCACAGGGAAAACAUUGUUUUCAAAGAAAUUAGCUUUACAUUCCGGUAUGGAUUUCGCUAUUAUGACUGGAGGUGACGUUGCACCAAUGGGUCGUGAUGGCGUUACAGCAGUUCAUAAACUGUUUGAUUGGGCCAACAGCAGUCGAAGGGGGUUAAUGUUAUUCGUAGAUGAAGCAGAUGCCUUCUUACGAAAAAGGGCCACUGAAAAAAUAAGCGAAGACCUUCGUGCAACAUUGAACGCGUUCCUGUAUCGUACGGGAGAUCAAUCCAGCAAGUUCAUGAUGGUAUUGGCCAGUAAUCAACCUGAACAAUUGGAUUGGGCGAUAAACGACAGAGUGGACGAAAUAGUUGAAUUUGAUUUACCAGGUCUAGAAGAAAGAGAGAGAUUAGUUCGACUUUAUUUCGAUAAAUAUGUUUUGGAACCUGCAAUGGAAAAGAGACAGCGCCUCAAGUUGGGAGAUUUCGACUUCAGUAUAAAAUGUUCCCAAAUCGCGGAAAAAACCAAGGGACUUUCUGGAAGAGAAAUUUCCAAAUUAGCAGUGGCGUGGCAGGCUACAGGUUACGCAUCUUCGGAUGGAACGUUAACAGAGCAGAUGGUCGAUGAUCGCGUAGAAGAGGCUGUCAAACAGCAUCAACUCAAGAUGGAAUGGAUAUCUCACGUUUCCCCUGGAAUGGAGAAGGAAUCCAGUCAAACGACAUCAACGAAAAGCUCACAUUACGCGGCUGCUCACUCUACCGACCCCGCCGUGGACACUUAACGAUUUUGCGAGCUGACGUUUUCUGGAUAUAAGGCAAUUCACCAAAUCUGAGCUGAGAUGGUACGGAGUUCUAGUAGACGCGUAAUACGUCGUCUGCUCUAAUGAUUCAUUUCAAUCAAUAGACUUGUGGUUGACAUCCACAUCACCAAAUCGUCUGCGUGAAACUAAUAAUGUUUGAAAUUGUGCAUUUUCUUAUGUAGGUAAUUAUUAAAAAAUCUUAUUCACUGCAA